UUCUCUGCACCCAGUCGUACCUUUCACUGGCUCCAAUGCUUCCCUCUCCCCCAUUUUUCCCUCGCUUUCUUCUUCUUUCUCUUCUGAUUCUCUUCUGCAAUGGAGUCCAUUCCAAACCCAACUCCGAACCUUCUUCCCCUGUUUCUUCCAAAAUUGGACAGGGCUACCGUUUAAUCUCUGUUCAAGAAACCCCCGAUGGGGGUCUCCUUGGUCGCCUAGAAGUUAAACAGCCCAACAAGAUUUAUGGCCCCGACAUCCCUUACUUGCAGCUCUUUGUCAAGCAUGAGACAAACGAACGCUUGAGGGUUCACAUCACCGAUGCCGAGAAGCAGAGAUGGGAGGUUCCAUAUGAUCUCCUACCGAGAGAACAACCGCCGGUGGCGAAACAGACCAUCGGAAAAUCAACUAAAAACUCCAUUACAGAGUCUGAAUACGUCGGCAGUAACCUAAUAUUCAGCUACACAUCAGACCCAUUUUCGUUUAGGGUGAAAAGAAAAUCAAACGGCGAAACCCUUUUCGAUUCGAGCUGUUCUGAUUCAGACCCAUAUAGUAGUUUGGUGUUUAAAGAUCAGUAUCUGGAGAUUUCAACAAAAUUGCCAGAAGAUAGUUCGCUUUAUGGGUUGGGGGAGAACACGCAGCCGCAUGGGAUUAAACUGUACCCGAAUGACCCUUACACUCUGUACACAACGGAUGUGUCCGCCAUUAAUCCGAACACAGACCUUUAUGGGUCUCAUCCAGUGUAUAUGGAGCUCAGGAAUGGAGGCGGGAAGACGUCGGCUCAUGCAGUGCUGCUGCUGAACAGCAAUGGGAUGGAUGUGUUUUACAGAGGAAAGUCUUUGACGUACAAGGUCAUUGGAGGGGUUUUGGAUUUUUACUUCUUUUCUGGACCUUCACCACUUGAUGUUGUUCAACAGUACACUUCCCUCGUUGGAAAACCUGCUCCCAUGCCUUACUGGGCCUUUGGAUUUCACCAAUGUAGAUGGGGUUACCAUAACCUGUCUGUUGUAGAGGAUGUUGUGGAGAACUAUCAAAAGGCUCGAAUCCCUCUCGACGUUAUUUGGAACGACGAUGAUCACAUGGAUGGACACAAGGAUUUCACUCUGAACCCUGUGAAUUAUCCGCGUCCGAAGCUUCUAGCUUUCCUGGACAAGAUACAUAGCAUUGGAAUGAAGUAUAUUGUGAUUAUUGACCCUGGGAUUGCUGUUAAUUCAAGUUAUGGUGUGUAUCAAAGAGGCAUAGAGAAUGAUGUUUUCAUAAAGUACGAGGGUGAACCAUACUUGGCUCAAGUUUGGCCUGGCGCUGUGAACUUCCCUGAUUUCCUUAAUCCCAAAACUGUUUCGUGGUGGGGUGAUGAGAUCCGGCGCUUCCAUGAACUUGUCCCUGUUGAUGGCCUAUGGAUUGAUAUGAAUGAAGCCUCAAAUUUCUGUUCUGGAUUGUGCAAAAUCCCGGAAGGCAAACAAUGUCCGACUGGAACGGGACCUGGCUGGCUUUGCUGCCUCGACUGCAAGAACAUUACGAAAACAAGAUGGGACGAUCCACCUUACAAGAUAAAUGCUUCAGGUUUGCAGGCGCCAAUAGGCUUCAAAACAAUUGCAACCAGUGCAGUUCAUUACAAUGGCGUUCUCGAGUACGACGCUCACAGUAUCUAUGGGUUCUCUCAAUCCAUUGCGACGCACAAGGCCCUUCUCGCUCUCGAGGGCAAGAGGCCGUUUAUCCUUUCCCGUUCCACAUUUGUUGGUUCAGGCAAAUAUGCAGCUCAUUGGACUGGGGAUAACCAGGGAACAUGGAAUGAUUUGAAGUACUCCAUUUCUACCAUGCUUAAUUUUGGCAUAUUUGGAGUGCCAAUGGUUGGUUCUGAUAUCUGUGGCUUCUAUCCAGCACCCACAGAAGAACUCUGCAACCGUUGGAUCGAACUUGGCGCCUUCUAUCCUUUCUCGAGGGAUCACGCCAACUAUUAUUCCCCAAGACAGGAGCUUUAUCAGUGGGAGUCAGUUGCUAAAUCUGCUCGAAACGCGCUCGGGAUGAGGUAUAAGCUCCUGCCUUAUCUAUAUACAUUGAACUACGAAGCUCAUACAACCGGAGCGCCAAUUGCUCGACCGCUUUUCUUCUCAUUCCUAGAUCUUAAGGAGUGUUAUAAUGUGAGCACUCAAUUCUUGGUUGGGAGCAGUGUUUUGGUAUCCCCUGUGCUUGACAAGGGAGAAACAAAGGUCGAUGCAUUGUUUCCCCCAGGCACUUGGUACAGUUUGUUUGAUAUGAGGCAAACCAUAGUUACAAAACAACCUCAAUAUCUCUCUCUUCCUGCACCAUUGAAUGUUAUUAAUGUGCAUUUGUAUCAAAACGCCAUUCUACCGAUGCAACGAGGUGGAUUGAUUUCAAAGGAAGCUCGAAAAACUCCCUUCACCUUCGUUGUGGCCUUCCCUGCCGAUCAAAGUGAAGGAGAUGCCAAGGGAAAGCUAUUCCUCGACGACGACGAGCAUCCCGAGAUUAAGCUUGGGGAUGGUCUAUCUACUUAUAUUGAACUUUAUGCAACAGUCAGCCAGGGGAGUGUUAAAGUAUGGUCUGCAGUUCAAGAAAGCAAAUUUGCUCUAGAAAAGGGUUGGAUUGUGGAGAAGGUUGUCGUGUUGGGGUUAGAUGCAAGCAAACGAGCUAACGGUCUCGAGAUCAAUGGAAAUGCUGUUGCGGAUGAUUCGAACGUCGAGUUUUAUACAUCAGAACAGAGUUAUUAUGAGCAAGAAAAAGUGGAGGAGGUAGGAGGGGAUAAGAGGAAAACUGUGAUGGUAGAGGUGAGGGGAUUAUCAUUGCCGGUUGGUAAGAACUUUGAAAUCUCCUGGAAAAUGGGUUAAGAGCUAUAAUAGAUUAUGUGAUUGAGCUGCUCUUUUCUUUCACUCACUCAUCUUUCAAAUUGGUUGGGAACAAACCUUGUAGUUGUGUUCAUCGUUCAUGUAGUUUUUUUUAGAAUAAAGCAACUUCCAAUCCAAUCCUUCAAAU